AUGGCUUGUGUACAUAUUAUUCCCAUUGUAUUGAUGCUAGCGUCAACCCAGUCAUUGGCAGAGCUAUCACCACAAAACACCCAUAAUUACAUUUUGGAACCAAAUGUACUUACUUUAGAGUGCUCAUUAAAAACGCCAAAUGCUACAUGGUAUAAGGAUUCAGUAAAACUUCAUAACAAUUCUAAUGGCUAUAUUAUGAAAUCAUUUGGCAAUAAUCCAUGGAUACACAGUCUGACCAAAACCAACACUUCUGUUAAUGAUACUGGUAAAUACAGAUGUGCAACUGCCGCGAAAUCAUUUAGUUAUAACGUCGUAAUCUUCAAAGUAAUUACUCACGAUAUAGUUAUUGCGUCUAAGGAACCAGCUUUAAUAAAGUGUGAUUUACAAAAUCUUGACAAAGAUCAGGUUCAAGAUUUUUACUGGAUUAAAAAUCGAACUAUACUCACUAAACGUCCAGAACUUAAAGGUAGAUACACUGUACACAAAGACAAUUACACUCUUGAAAUUCCUAAAGCCAAACGCAGAGAUGCUGGCCCUUAUUUCUGUGUGUUUAGUAUUAAUAAACGGGACUUUUCCAUUAAUGUGAACAUGAACAUGGCUCCAUGGAUUGAAUCUAUGGAAAAAUCUCGAAACUUAGUACAGACUGACAAACUCCACUUGGAAUGUCAUGUUGAGAGUUAUCCAUUUUCUACUGUCUAUUGGAAAAAAGAUAAUGAAACUUUCAAGAAUGAUGCCAGUAACAGAGUCUUUACAAAUAAUAACAGAACACUUAUCAUUUAUGAUCUCCAGUUCUCUGAUAAGGGCGAGUAUACAUGUGUUGCUACUAAUAUUGUUAACACCACAUCUAUGACUGUCCUAGUCCGUGUCAAAGACAAGCUUGCUGCUUUAUGGCCAUUCCUUGGUAUUGUAGCAGAAGUUGUUAUUCUAUGCAUCAUCAUUUUCAUUUGUGAAAAGAGGCGUAGCAAAGAUAUGGAAGAUGAAUAUGAAAAUGCUGGCCAGCAAAGCAUGCCAAAUGCAACAGACCAUAAAGGCAAAGAUGAAAUCAGACAAAGAAAUGUGAGGACAUAA